AUGGAGACCAUAGUAGUCGAACGCCCGAGGCGUUACUUCGCUUUUCAUUUCUAUCUUCUAAGGUUUCUUGGUCUGGGCUGGUGGCACCAGCCUGACGAAGGAAAAACUAGCAACUUCCCAAGCUGGUACCUGUAUUACUCCAUCGUCACACAACUAGUGUGGGUGGCUGGAUUCGUGGGACUCGAAACAAUCGAUCCAUUCGUCGGCGAAAAAGACAUAGACCGCUUUAUGUUUAGUUUGUCUUUCGUCAUCACUCACGAUUUAACCUUAAUCAAAUUGUAUAUAUUUUUCUUCAAGAACGACAAGAUCCAAGAUAUCGUGAGAACCUUAGAGAUAGACUUGUAUAAUUUUUAUCAAAAUAAUGCCAAAAAUCGUGCUACUAUCAGGACGACCAAAAUUAUGACUGCGUCGUUCAUAUUCUUUGGGUGGCUUACCAUUGGGAAUACUAAUGUUUAUGGAACCAUCAUGGACUUGCGCUGGAAGGCUGAAAUAGCACAAUUAAAUGAUAGUGCUUUAUAUCCAUCUCGUACAUUACCGCAGCCAAUCUUUAUUCCUUGGGACUACCAAAAAGACGCUUCGUAUAUUUCGACAUUUGUUUUGGAGACUGUCGGUUUGCUGUGGACUGGUCACAUCGUGAUGACUAUAGACACUUUCAUUGGCUCAGUGAUUCUUCACAUGAGCUCACAGUUUGCUAUUCUUUGUGAGGCUAUAACUACUGCAUAUGAUCGAACAAUAUUUCAGAUGUAUGAAGGUGUGCAGUUACAAGCUGAUAGUUCAUUGAUAUCAAUUGCUGAUAAGGAUAAAGAAGGGGGUGAUAAUGACAGGAUUGAACGGAUCGUCCGAACGAGGUUUACCGAGACAGAAGUGGAGAAGGAGUUGGAAAAAACGUUGCUGAACUGUAUCCGACAACAUCAGCUACUCAUCAGCUGCGUGGAGAAAUUUGCAAAAACUUAUGCAUAUGGCUUCAUGACCCAACUUCUCUCUAGCAUGGCGGCCAUUUGCGUGGUAAUGGUCCAAGUUUCGCAAGAUGCAUCAAGCUUCAAAUCUAUCCGGCUGGUGACGUCAUUGGCGUUCUUCGUCGCCAUGAUAAUUCAGCUUGCACUGCAAUGCUUCACCGCCAAUGAGCUAACGUUGCAAGCAGCUCGAGUCGGCGAUGCGGUGAUGCAAAGUAGAUGGGAGCGCAUGCCGCCACGACUCCGAAGACUGCUCAUCAUGGUGAUGAUGAGGUCCCAGAGACCAUUGAGACUGUCGGCUGCGGGGUUCGCUUACAUGAACAACGAUUGUUUUCUAGCUAUCAUGAAGGCAGCCUACUCAUAUUACGCAGUUCUUAGCCAAAAACAGGUAUAGAACGAAUAAAACACAAGAUUUCGUUUAUUAGAAACUUUAAUACCUGAUUUAGAUGAG